GGUACAUGCAUUCUUCAGACGAUCACUUUGUGAGCGUUGACUCGACGCUGGGGAAAUCAACACUUGGGUAUGACUUGUCGGUAUUUCCCCGCGUUCUCGGAUACGAACACUUCUCUCGGCUAAACCGUUGUGUGUAUUUACUUUGGGUGUUAAUCGUUUACUUUGUGGACAAAUACUUUAAUCUGAUAAAUAUUACGUGCUUGAGUGGGAUAUUACCAAAUAAGUGGUCAUGGGGUCAAAAUUGUCAUCAAACCAUCAUUUGGUGGAAGAGCAGUGCGAGGAGGAAGACUGGAAAUUACGAAGUAAAUCGUCUUCGAUGUCGUCUGCUAUGGAAGAGAGUAAAGCAUCAAAUGUUUGCGAUAAUGAUUCGGUGGACGGACAUUCCACCAGUAUGAGCCGAACCUCAGCUGGCCUCAGUCACGAUUUCGGGGAAGACUACGCCGGUGUUAGAGAACUUGGGGAAGAAGAACCCGCUUUCGACAUCAACGAGAACUUCGACUUCGAUUCGGACCGCAUCACAGUCGACUCGGACAUGAUGACCAUGGACAGCAUCUGUGAUGGUUUUGACGUGGUUGAAAUCGGGGAUCAUCGUGACGUCGGCAUCGGAAAACGGCAACGUCCCAGUAGGGCAGCCAUCUUGGCAGGUGAUAAGGCAUCUGACAAACACAGUUCACCUGAUAGAACAAGGUCCGCCAUGGUUACCGAUUCGAACAUACCAAAUGGAGACAUUUCACACUCGUUACAACAGCUGCAGAAACUAAAUAUUAAAAGUACCGUUCAACCUGUGGUUUACAAGAUGGACUAUCCGUGUCGAGGAAAGGCGGUGAUUGUCAAUCAGACCCGGUUCGAUCCGAUGACUGGCAUGUCGAACCGGGAAGGAACGGACCCGGAUAUUGAAGGACUUGAUCGAGUGUUUAGCAAUCUCGGCUUCCGGACCGAGGCUCAUAGUGAUCUGACGAUAGCCGAAUUUAGAAAACUUCUCAAAGAACUCAGCCUUGAAGAUUUCAGCAACGACGAUUGCUUACUGUUCAUCGCCAUGAGUCACGGCGAAGAGGGCGUCCUAUACUGUAGAGAUGGCACAGUGGCAGUUGACGAGUUAGUUUGUCGCCUGAAAGGGAUCAUGUGCCCGACACUAGUUGGAAAACCAAAGCUCUUCUUUAUACAGGCAUGCAGAGGCACCCAGAUGGACCAUGGUGUUCGUGUUCCUGCCGGUGAGGGCGACGAUGAACCUGAUGCUGCCCUCGGCCAGAAAAUGUUUUACACUAUUCCGGUGGAGGCAGAUUUUCUUAUGGCAUUUUCAUCAACGCCAGGUUACUACUCAUGGCGGAGUAUCCGAGAAGGAUCGUGGUUCAUACAAGCCAUCAUUACCAUCUUUGAGAAAUACGGAACGUGCAUGGAUGUGAAUCAAAUGAUGACCCGUGUGAACAGAGCUGUCGCUUAUCGAUACGAAUCGAUAUCCGGUGACGAGCGGUACAACGGGCGAAAGCAGAUGCCGUGUUUUGUGUCAACACUAACGAAAGAACUUUACUUCAUACCGAAGAAAUAAUGAACGAGUGAUAUUCAUUGCAUAUUUAUUAUUAAUUUGUACAAAUUUAGAGACAAUGACUAUCGGCUAGAUGUUUCACUAUGCAAAGUGUAUAACAAUGCUUGCAAAAGCAACCUCGCAGAAAAGCUUUGUGUUUUUGACACCUUUCGCGGAAGAUCUGUAGAUCUGGGAACACUUCAUUCCGAAUGAAAUGAAGAACAAAUGAUUUUUUUAAGGAAUACAUUAUUUAUAAUCAUGUAAAGAUUUAAAAAUACCGACAAUGAGCUUGGCUGAUAUUAUUGUUCGAAACGGAGAGGCUACAACUGCGAGAGCAACACAUACGAAUGAUGCCGUGUUUUUAUUUUAACUUUCGUGGAAGAUCUAUAACAUCAAUGAUCAACGGUAUUGACCAUGAUGUGGAAUCUUGACAUUGACAUGAAACGUUUGUCAGCUAAUUAUUAAAAGCAUUCAAUGCUUAAAUUGUAUUUUACUCGACGAUCAUGAUCAGUAGCCGUGUUUUGUGAAUUUUUGUCUCAACGUUUAUAAAUGAAGUAUUUAUACACCAAUGAAAUCGUGGAAAUACAACGAGCACUGACCAGUUACACAUUAUAAAAUAUAGUGUAUAACUGUAAAGAUAUGAGAAAAACAAAGACUGUUUAGUUUAUCAAUGUAUACUUUGAAUAUUUGCUCAAAUUUGCAAGAGAAAGCAGGUAGAUGCCAUUCUUUUCUUUGUUAUCAACGUUGACAAAAUAAACUUAGGCCUAUAGCAAAAAAUGGCAAACUAAUGCUAAAGUCUAAUAUAUACAUGUUUAAAAAAAACACGAUUUGAGCUCGGUUUAAUGAUAUUUCAAAUCAUUUUAAUAUGAUUGCAGAUGACCUGUUUAUAUUUCAAAGUUCACGAGAGAACGUCAUACCGAAUAUGAAACGGCCACGCAUGCAACGAUUAAUGUUAAAGGAAUAAUUACCAGCUUUGUUAAUCAGUACUUUGAUGGAUGGGUUCUGCUUGAUAUAUUAUUACUGAAGAAGCAGCGUUCUCGUUAUCAGUGUAUCAUGGUCCAUGGUUAUAUAUAUUAAGUGCCUUGGUUAUUUUAGCAAGGGGCACAUAAAAGUACAAACAACCUGCUGUGAAUCAAACAAUUGGCAUUGGUUACUAGUAACUGGGUAGGGGUAAGU